CAGAAAGGAACAUGGCAUUUGGGCCAUGUCUGGCAUGACGAUGAACAUGUUUAAGGUUGAGUCGGACUACAUUAACUGCACCAUCAGCCAUGAGAUCCACCAGUACCUGUUCUCUGGAGCCUACAUCCUGGUCCUUCUGAUCGGCGUGCCCACCAACGCCUUCUCCCUCUACCACGCCUGGCUGCAGCUGAGAGCCAAGAACGAGCUGGGGGUCUACCUGCUCAACCUGACCAUAUCGGACCUCCUCUACCUGGCCUCGUUGCCUCUCUGGCUGCAGUACAUCUUCCAGGGAGAUGACUGGAGCCAAACAGAGUGGCUGUGCCAACUGUGUGGCUUCCUGCUCUAUGAAAACAUCUAUAUUAGUAUAGGGUUCUUAUGUUGUAUCUCUAUAGACCGUUACCUGGCCGUGGUGUACCCGUUCCACUUCACAGCAUUCCGGAGCAUGCGGGCAGCUACAUUGGCCAGCGCGUUCAUCUGGCUGAAAGAGAUUGCCGUGGGUGUGGUCUUUUUCCGACACAAGGAACUAAGCACUGACCGCACCAACCAAUCGGUUUGCUUUGAGCACUACCCCAUGCAACCAUGGGAGUAUCCAAUUAACUACUACCGUUUCUCCGUUGGUUUCCUGUUCCCCCUGGGCAUCCUUUCCGUUUCGUAUUUCAGAGUCCUGCGGGCAGUCAGGAAGAGCACUGGCACUCAGAGUGCCCAGAAGACCCGCAUCAAGCACCUGGUGACCAGCACCAUUGUCAUAUUCCUGGUAUGUUUCUCUCCGUACCACGUGUUCCUGCUGCUGCGUACAGUCUUUGAGAGGGACUGCCCCUUCAUCAUCAGUAUCUUCAACUACUAUCACUUCUCCCUGCUGCUCACCAGCUUCAACUGUGUGGCUGACCCAGCGCUGUACUGCUUCGUCAGUGAGAGCGCCCAGCAGGGGAUCCAGCAGGCCCAGGAGGCCUGUACCCAGGCCCUCUGCUGCAGCUGCCACAGGGGACAGCAUAGCCCUGUUACCGCCACCACCACGGGGACAGACUCCAACGAGGUGGCCACCUCCAACGAGAAGGGGACAACAACCGUCACACCGCUGACACAGAACCAGAUGAUCUAGCAGUAAUAUAAAUAAUACAUGGGUUUUAUAAAGUUCUUUGGAAGGACCUAAAGAUGCUUGAAGCUGGAGUCUAGGAGCUGGAACCAGAUUUGGAUAAGAGGGAUGGUGGGAAAGAUACUGACAGUGACAUGGAACAUUCUGCAAUGAGAUGUCAUUAAAAAAAAGUGUUAUAGCAGUGCUACAACAGUGUUUUAAGGUAAUGUUUUUAAUUUUUACAACACUUUCUUUUGAGAUAGUUUUGAACUCAAAACUAACUCUAUAUAGUUGAGCAAAAUUCUUCCUGUAACAUUUUGUUUCUCUCUCAUCACAUUAUUUAAUAUUAAUUCUCAGGGUUUUAAAUCCCAGACGGUGAUUUCAGGAGUGACUGACUUCAUACCUAUCAGCACAGAUCAGACAUAUCAACACGUGACCUAAUAUAUUUCUAUCGUAGGUCCUCUAGGAUUCUUGGGUUAGAUUCUUGCUGCUCAAUAUCUGUGAAUCGCUCCCAUUUCAGGGGUAUGUAAAGGAUUCCUCAACUUAGCUCAGAUUCAUAAAUGACACUGUGUGUAGAGCAUAAACAAAAAUACAUACAAACAGUGAGCUCCAAAAGUAUUGGGGCAGUGACAAUUUCUGUAAUUCAGCACUUUGGAUUUUAAGUCAUAUCCCACCAAAAAUGAUAACCUCCCCAGUUUAUUUUUAUUUAUUUAUUUCACCUUUAUUUAACCAGAUAGGCUAGUUGAGAACAAGUUCUCAUUUGCAACUGCGACCUGGCCAAGAUAAAGCGUAGCAAUUCGACACAU